AUGUCUACCCUCAUCACCACAGAGCCUGCAUCGGGCUGGCCGUCUACAUCGCUCCGCCAGUUCUUCCUGUACGACACCAACCACCCGGCCUCGAUCGAGGCAUCGGUCGUGGACGCCAAUUCGGACACCCAGACAUUCAUCGUCACCUGCCCAUCGUCAUGCGACUCGUCGGAGUUCCCGAAGCAGACCAUCACGCACAUCUCCGGGUCGUCGUGGGCCGGUGAGCGGACUUGGAAAGGCACCACGACAAACUGGGGGUGCAACCUAGGGAGCGGCUCGGACGAUGAGAUUCCGGACCAGUACGGCCGGUGCAGCGCGACCACGAUAGACGGGAGCGACAUCAGUGGCGAUUCCGGCGACAGGGCCGUCAACUCCUGUUUCGUGUUUGCGCGGUCUGUGCCGGCUUAUAUCACAGGCGGCAUGGAUGAAAUGUACGAGAUCUAUCCCUACUACUGGAGUACCAUCGACGCUGAGGGCCUCAUCUCGGCGAAUUCGGAAGAAAUGGCGUCCAUGAAUUGUCCUGCUACGACGGCAGAUGGGCAAACACUGGCAUCGAAAACAGAUAUAUCUAGAGCGGAGUCUACGGCGGAGGGUAGCGAGUCCCGGUCAAGACCAGCAGCAGAAACGGCGUCACAGACGGAGGCGACGACGUCGAAGGGAUCGAGCGAGACUCCCUCUGAUUCCCCAACCCCGACGGAAACAGAAGCCCAGAGUGGUUCAUUCGGCACGCCGAUAAACACGGUUCUUCUUGUUGGGUCGGCAUUGCUUGGAGCAUGGGCUUGCUCGUAA